AUGAAGGCCGCGGAACAGGGCAAAGGUAGUGGAGAAGAACAAAGCAGAGGCGCUGGAGGGGAGGAGGAAGAAGAAGAAGAAGAGGGUGAAGAAGAAGAAGAGGGUGAAGAACAAGAUGAAGAAGGCGGGAAACAAGGUGGAAAUGAAGGUCAAGAUCAAGCAGACGCAAUAUGGCUCCUUGGAAAGUUACACCCUAGUCUAGAAAUUACAAUUAGAAAAAAAGUAGUACUAAGAGCGCGAAUUUUGGUUGAACCCGACACAAAAGGCAGAGAGAUUGCCUUAGACAUUAUAUAUAAGAACAGCAAUAUUUUAAGUAGUAUAUAGUAAAAGAUAUUAUACGAAGAACAAUAUUUAAGUAUUAUAAGAAGAACAAUAUUUUUAGUAUUUGACGCGCUGAUCCGCCAUCACAACCACUCACGUCGACUUGGUGCUGGUCUUUUCAAGCUAAAAGUAGAGGUAAAUGGUUGAACACGUUACACGUAGCCCAUGCUUUUUGUUUUCUUUUGCUUGUUAGUAUCCUCAGGCAUACAUCCUCAGAAAACUAUAGUACGAUCUCAAUUUAUCUCUCUGGAUGAUUGAGUUCUCGCACCGGUUAUAUUUUAUGUACGUAUUCAUCAUGAACUACUUACCUAGAGAGCGAAGAUUUUAUUCUUGUUGCAGAGACGGAUUUAAUCUUGAGGCAGAAUUGCCUUUUAUUUUCUUAGGGAAUGAAUGCAACGCUAACGCAAGGAAAACCCCUUUCUUAGGCAGCUUUUUUCUAAUCUAACCUUUACCUUCGUGGUUACGCAAGAGUGAAUGCUAGUACAACACGACCAUCCUUCAGAUUAGGUAGCUCUCUAAAUUGAGGCGCGGCCGCGGGAGAAAAGGCUGCCCCGAAACCAGUAGAACCGCCACAGGAUCCAGGACAAGAAAGUACUUUAGGAUAUGAGUCAUUUUUUAGAUCAUUAGCGGGACCGGUACGUAAAAACUACGUGAACGUGGUCAAGCAAAUGAAAAUGAAAAUGAAAAUCCUAGGCACGCUACUGUCGCACUUUUUGGCUUUUGAAUGGCCUCGAACGCUCACCCCCUCAUAGGUGAGCCAACUAUCGUCCUAUCUAUUUUUUUGAUAGCUUCAAACCAUGAUCAGGUCCUCGAAAUAAUCCCGAUGACAAACCAUCUUCAGGUCCUCAAAAUAAACCCGAUGCAGCUACAGACCAGAAGAAAGAGGCCGCACCAGAUGAGGGAGACGAAACAAAUAAAAAUGCCUCAAAACACUCAAGUACUCCUUAACACUAUCUCACUCGUCUUGGAUGAAGAUGCUUGAGUGAGUGUUCAAAUUCUUGCUUCUACUAGAUGCACUUGUAGACCACUACAGGUGCUUUAAAUUAAUUUCGAAGAUGUCUCUCUAGAUGCUUUAUUAUGCUUAUUUCCAAACUACUAUGUAUGAAUGUACAAGUGCAUGUCCGUGCCGCCUGCCGCUUGAUGGGUGGACCCCUACCCAAUCUAACCUACAAUGUAGAAAACUUCAGACUUCUCUUUCAAACUAACAACUAUGCAUACCUACUAGGUAUUACACAAUCGAUUCUCUUUUACGCCUCGUGAAUGGGCACACUACUUCCUCCUUCUUUCAGAAAUGAAAGCAGAAUAUAAUUAUAUAUGUUCCAGGGCGCGGGGCGACGGCCCCCCCCGGGGGGGCCGGGCGCCCUGGACCCCUUUUUGAGGCCUCUGCCGGGGGGGAAGGCCUCAAAAGGCCCCCCCCAACUCACCCUGUCCCCUUCCAGGUGCUUGGGGUCCCCUAGAGGCCUCGGACGUAGGUGGAAGGCCUCAGGAGGGCCUCAAGGGGGGCCGCCUCCGCUUCCUCCCAGCUGCUUGGCUGUCCCGCAGAGGCCUCCGACGUAGGUGGAAGGCCUCAAGGGGGGCCAAGGGGCUCGCUGCCUCCUUCUCGUUUGCAUGUACCCUACAGACUUGAGGGGUUAGAUGGCAGCAGUGCACCGGCAGCGGAAGGCCUCCGAAGACGGCAAAAAGCGAAGGGCUGGACCCCCUGAGCCGUGCCGCUUGGACCCUCCGGGCCCUUGGUCAUCGGCUUGCCUGCGACCGUGGCCCUUAGGAACACGCUGAGAGGCCCAAGGAGAGGAAGGCGCCAAGUUUUGAGGCCUUCCACCACUAGAAUCCGCGAAAAAUCCGCGCGGAAAAGCGCGCGGGCGCGCCACCACAGACCAGACCACAGGGGGGGGGCCGUUCGGCCCUGCGUCAUAUAUAACCUUCUCGCCUUACACCUGAUCCGACUGCUCUGGGUAUAUCAUCCUUCAAAAAUAAAUGUUCAGCCUUCUACUUCAUGUUCAUGCUGAC